UUUUUACUGACUGUCAAUUCGCACCACUGUUGUUGCAGCCAUUUUAAUCUAGACUUCAGUUGUAACUAGACCGAAUGAUGCUUGCUUAGGACCGUAGAAAGGGUGAAGAGAAAGACUGACUUCAGGAGCUCUCAAUGGUUUCACCUGAAGGCAGAUGUCAUGAAUUACACAGAACCGGUUGUGGAGAAGGCCGUCAACUCCUGGUCCAGAAUAGCCUCGGCGGGACAGACUGUCCUUUUCGAGGCAUUACAGAUCCUCAACCCUAUGUCGAAAGAUCUUUCAGACACUGAGGAACUGGUAUCCUUUUUGCAAGGACUUAAGGAAGAGGGCCAUAAGCCCAAAGUGCUACGAAGCAAAGAUGUGUACGGCUACAGGUCAUGUACAGCAAAAACCCUCCCGGCAGAGAUGUGCUCUAUGGACAUAGCCAGCAAGGGUCCAAGGCCAGGCAAGAAGAGGGGACGGAAGAAUAAGAAGAAGAAGAAGAAAAAGGAGUCUAACAAUUACGCAUCGUGGAGUAGUGCAAGUGUAUCAGAAUCUCACAAGAGAUCUGUCUUUUCCAGACCUCCUAUUCUGACUAUUCAACCUGCCCAGGUGCAGCAGCAGUACCUGAAACUAACGAACAUUACAGGUUUAAUGAGAGGUCACACUGCGAGAAUGCAGAUUCACUCUCAACCUCCAACACUUUCAGGAAUACCGUUACUGCCAUCGCCGAACGCGGGUCGAACACCAAAAGCUGUGGCCUUGGUUGGUCAAAGGUACCAUGCCUCCUGUCCGGAAUGGAACAGAGCCCUUAUCGGAGAUUCUGCCCCCGUGAUCUAUCAGAACGGCCGAGGAGUUUACAACUACAAGACUGAUGUGUCAAACCACAGACGGUCCUGGACGGAUGACCAAUCUCUGUGGAUGAUGAACCGUCAGGAGGAGUGUCGGCUGGACGAGAACAGUUUGCGGUGGAAGGUGAUCAAAGUGGACGAUUGCAUCACGGUUGAGGAACUGAGGAGGAAGGCCCAGAGGAUCCUGCAGGUGAACCUGUCCCCUGUGAUACAGAUACGCCCGCUGUAUGAAACUCUAGCUGAAUACCAGCGAGAAUGAUAUCUCCAGUAACUUAUUGGUUUUAGCCUAGCUAGCCUCGGGUCCAUUUUGCAACAAGGCUUAGCUAAGUCCAGAGGUCUUUCUUUACUGUUGAAGCCAGAAGAAAACAUCAGGACGGCAUCAUUUGACUGACUACAGUAAAGUACGUUCCUUGUAUUGAGCAGUGACGGGAUGAUGUCAUGACUACCACGCGUCAACAAGACUGAAGGGACUAAAGUUGAUCAGAAGUUCUACACGGUGCUGCUUUCAGACACUCAAGCAUAGACAUUGCUGGUCAGAAUGUAACUUUAAAAAUGUUUAUUUUUAUUUUUAUUAUUAUUAUUUUUUUUUACCAGGUUUUUUUUUGUACACUGAGGAUGGACUGAUAGACUUGGUAAGCAGUGUCGCGGCACACUGUAGGAUAACUUUCUUUUGUUUGUUUUUUGUUGCAAGAACAAAAAAUUAAAUUUUUACUCUUAGGUACAGUUUACAUGACAAAUUAAAACAAUUUGGUCCCCUAAAAUUGUGUAAAUGGGCAACCUUGUUUUAGGGUCAUUGUUUUCCAGCUUGAUUUAGAUCUUCCUGUGGUUGGCCUACUGAGCCCAGUCAUUAUCCCUUUAAUCUACUUUUGUGUUUCCUCUUAUAGAGUUUGAACUUUCGACAGCCUCAAAAAUGUUUGCUGAAUGUAAGCACUUAAAUCGUAACAAUUUCAAUUACACAGGGCAGAGUUAAAAUGGCCUUAUUCUUUUCAGUAAACCUAAAAUUAUGUCUUAUAUUUUUUUCUGUAGUGACUGAUUUUUAUUUUCUCUGAGUAAAGAUUUUGAAACCACCCUAUUCUUGUAUAUUUUCUUUUGUAUUUUUAUUUUUCUUGAUUUUGCGAAACUUUCCCAACGCCGUUUUCAAACGACGUUUGAAAAAGGAAACUUACACAGAUAUUAGCUUUGACUCUGUCGUAGAUCGGGUGCGAACUUCCCAUCGGUGCUAACUGGUAAUCGGUGCAAGUGCAUAGUGAACUGAAUCUGUCCGUUUUGUGUAGAAGUUGCCACAGUGUUUUGCGGUCUUUCAUUAGUUCAGUUGACUGUUUUAUGAUGCGCUUCUUCAUCAGUUAUUGUAAGUUCGACACGUUGUAUUGUAGUGGCACAGUCAAUCAAGGGUACUUCACAGGGACUGUUAUCGGCUACGUCCCAAACGGCACCCUUUUCCCGUUACACUAGUUUAGGGAAUAGGGUCCCAUUUGAGACUCGCCCUUCCUGUUGGUUUAACAUCUUACUGUUUUUUUUUUUGUUGUGCCAAACAUGUUGUUGGUGCUCUCUUGCUGUCUUUUUACAGUUACAGCACAAGCUGGGAUGUUAGGCCACAUGAUACGAUUCACUGUUCUGAUUGGAUAGCUGCUUCUUCAUCCCGCCUCACUCUGGAUUUAAUUGGUGCAUCGUUUUUGUUGUCAAUUUCACCAUCCCAGAAGUUGCAAAAAAAAAAUCAGGCCAAAACUACAGUCUAAUUACUUAAGGAAUUGGUUAAGUUGUCAAGUUUAUCGUAAGGGAAAGUGAAGAGUUUUUGUUCAAAUUGCUUGAAUCAUGUUGUAGCCCAAAAUCAGGGCCUUUAAAUUGAUCAUUUGUUGCCAUAUGUUGAAAAUACCGUAAAUAUUACUGAAUGGUUGUGUUCAAGCCAGGGACCAAACAGUCAUUGUGAUUGCCGAAGCCAUUCUUAGGGGGGAAAAAAUAAGACCAGAUUGGUAUGGCUGUAACAUGUCUUUUUCGCCCCUUUUAUUAUUAAUCUUGAUUUCAUUGUACCGGUAUGAAAUAAAAUCAUGAGAUGAG